ACUCGGAAGGGCGGCCUCACGGUUGUUUUGUCCCUCAGUCAGGAAGAGGCGGAGGAGGCUGCGGUGGCAGCAGCAGCAGCAGCAGCUUUGGCUCGGCUCUGCUUCUCCGGGUUGCUGCCGACGGGCUUCCCGGUGGUGUCGCUCGCUCGACGGGCCCGGCUUUCGAGGCUUUAAGCGGGCGGGGCGAUGCAGCCUCCGGGCCCCCAGCAGCCCCCACGGCCCCCGCCGCCGCCCCUUUACGCGCCCAACAACGGGGACUUCACUUUCGUCUCUUCUGCCGACGCCGAAGGUAAGAAUUGGGGGGGUCUUGCAGUGGGAAGGGAAAGGGCGCCCCUUCCUCCAGCGCCCCUUCCCGGAGCUGCGUCAGGGGCGGCAGCCGCAUACCCGGGGCUGCCAUGCUGAAUAAGCGGGUGCCGUCGGGCUUCUUUCUGCUGUUUGGGUGUGGGAAUGUGAUCCAGUGCAAAUGCUCCGCCUUGUGGCCCCCGCCACAGGGUUUGCGUGGCAAAAGGCACCUGCGUGCAGGUGGGGAGUGUUUGACCCGCUUAAAAAAAGAAGCAGAUGCAGAUGGCGAGGGAGCUUUCUGGUGGUGGUACAUGCAAGCUUUUGAAUGGCAAAUGAAUGGAGGGCUAAAUAAAAUAGGUAUGUGAGAUCGACAGGCCACCCUCAUCUUCCAGGCUUCUUCGUUUUACCUGCUUUUGGUAGCCUCACCCUGCACACAGGGUUGUCUGGAGGGGGCAAAUCCUGGCAUGGAAACUUGUGCUUUGGGAAUGACCAGUUUUGUGCUGGGGAGAAAUGGAUUAGGUGUGCGUGGACGACUAUAUUGCAGCACAUUUCACACAUCCUGUCUUUUCUGAGAAGGCCGACUUCUGUGUUUUCAAGAACCACUGUGCUAUUUAGACAGUGGUCUGCCAAAUUCUUUGGUGCCCAGAUAGCACUAUGAUGCGUAUCUGAUUUAGCUGCCCACAUCAACCUGCUUUGUUGAUUGGGAUUAUUGUGGCACAGUAGGCAGUACAGUCCUGACAGGGGUCCUUAAGCAGAAAAAACCAAUAUGCAGUGCAUGCCCUUUGUUGGGUUGGGGGGGAAAUGUUAGAUCCUGGAUAAUUCAAUGAUCUCUUAUAAUAAUAUUUUCUAUAAUUUUGGUAUAUUCUACUUUUGUGGAAUAUAUGUAUUGAAACUCAUGCAUAAUCACCUAUUCUGUAACAAGGAAACUGUAUUUUUGGUAGCUUUCUCAUAAAUGUGUCAUUUUCCCUGUCAAGAUCUGAGUGGUUCAAUAGCCUCUGCAGAUGUGAAGCUCAACCUUGGUGGAGGAAAUGGGGAAUUUAUCAAAGAAUCUACUGCAACUACAUUCCUGAGGCAGAGAGGAUAUGGCUGGCUUUUGGAAGUAGAAGAUGAUGACCCUGAAGAUAAUAAACCUCUUUUGUAAGUAACAUUACUCUGAGAGUCUUAGUUUAAUUUUGUAUUUGAAGCGGUUACUUGCUUUAGGUCAGUAUUGUGUGUGAAUGGUGAACAAGGAUGCAAUAGGACAAUCAUUAACUCUUCAUUAACUACAGACCCUUGAAUAAAGUGUAGAAACAGAUUAUUUGUGUCUCAUUCAAGAGAUUUUUUUUAGCAUUAUAAGUAAAGGUAAGAAUUAAAGACAAUUCAUCACUGUUCAUAGUGGACACAUUCUCUCGUUACACUAAACUGUAGUUUACCGUGAUGUGCAUGAGCAGGAAUAAGCAGCAAUGAAUGUUUGGCUUCUGCACUCCCCUCUCCUCUUCUUCUUGGCUGGGAAAAGGACUUCAGAAGUUCUUGCUUUUCCAUAACUAUGAUUUGCCAUGUUCUGUGAGGAAGAAACUGUGCCUAACUCUAAUCUGCCUUAAUUUCAAAGAAGCCAACUUCAAAAUGUAGCUGAAGGUGGCUUGUUAAAUCUAACAAUAAUUUUACACUUUUGCCUCUGUCUUAAUGAAAGCAACUCUGUUUUUGUUAGCACCAUGGUUGUGGGCUGUUUGUUUGUUGCCUUGCCUCCUUAGGUUUCCUGCUGCAGUCUUCUUUCCUGAGGGCUAAGAGCAGAGUAAGGAGUCAAUAGGUUCUUAUCCUGAGAUUGGUAAUGAUAAAGGGCAGACUAGAAAUGUAUUAGAAAGUAAUAACUAUGGGGCAAAUCUAGCUGUCAGGAACAUAUAAUAAGCCUUGUUACUAUUUGUCUUGCUGUUACAGAAAAGUGGCAUUGCUUCCAUUUGUUCAGUGAUAGCUGAGGUUGUCGUGGGCAGAGAGCAAUUUCUUUUUACUUUUCAUGUUGUGAUUUAUAUGUUUUCAUUUCAGAAGCUGGCUAGAAUGCAAAUAUAUAAAAAUAUUCAUUAUAUAUAUAAUUAAAUACAAAACAUAAUACAGCUAUAAUAAUCUUAAUAAACCUAAACCAAAACAUAUAUUCUCAAUAGUUCAUAUGAACAUGUAUGAAUAUUCUAUAAAUCUUUGAGCUACUUUGUUUUCUGGUGCUUAAAUAAUUUCAGAAGCAUAUUUUGAAAGUUGUAUUUUUUUAUAUAACUUUAGGGAGGAGCUAGACAUUGAUCUGAAGGACAUAUACUACAAAAUCCGAUGUGUCUUGAUGCCGAUGCCUUCUCUUGGAUUUAACAGACAAGUAGUAAGAGAUAAUCCUGACUUCUGGGGCCCUCUAGCAGUUGUCCUGUUCUUCUCAAUGAUCUCAUUAUAUGGACAAUUCAAGGUGUGUAAAGGCCUUUAUCUUAAAUAACAAUAAAGGUAGCUGAGUUAUCACAUGGUCUUAGGCAAGUGUCCAUUGAAAAGCAUUUUUCUUUUGUCAUGAUCUGAAAUAAAUGCACAGUUCUUAUAAACAUAGAAUUCUAGAAUUGGUAGGAUCCUGAGCAUCAUCUAGUUUAGCCCCCUGCAAUGCAGGAAUUCUGCCCACAGGCGUCCCUGGGUGGGCUUGAACCACCAACCUUCUGGUUAACAGCCAGACACACUGACCCAUUGUGCCACAGUAUGUUUUGUACAACUUGACAUAUAACCAGAGGUAAAUUGUUCUGGAAAAGAAUGUUGGAAUGCUAUUCCUCCCUUGCUUUCCUUCCCCUAGUGGUUCUUUAUCUAGCCAUGCAGUCCUGUGCAUGCAACCAUAGGGACAUCAUUGAGGGCAAAAACUCCUGAACACUCAGAAUUCUAGCCAACAGAUAGAGUCAGAUGUGAAUGCAAUAUUCCAGACUGAAGAAUUAAGUGAUCUUUUGAACACACUAAGUCAGAAAAGAAAUGAGCAACCCUUAUUCACCACCCCCAUUUUGGGUGCAAUUAUUCCAGUGCACAAAGGUGGGGCUUCUCUUUAUUUGUAAUUUAAAAGCUCUACAAGGAAUUGCAGUAGAGCUCUGAUGACUAUUGCCAUCCUUCCUUCACACAGUGCUUCUGAGAAUUACAUCAGUGUAUUUUCAGAGGCGCUCUAGGGAGGAAGGAAUGAAGAAACAGCAACCGUAACUCUGUUUCUGUUGCUACAUAGCUCUGGAGUACCAGCACCACCCAAGGAAAGCUUAUAACAUUUAACACUUUCUAAUUUUGAAAAAAGACAUAAAGGGCAGAGCAUGAUAAAGGUGUAUAAAUGGUGUAUAGGAUUGGAAGAACAGAGAGAUAAAUUUGUCUGUUUUGAUAAGUAGAAACCAGGGCCACCCAAUGAAGCUGAAUAUUGGAAGAUUCAGGAAAUACUACUCCACACAAUGCAUAGUUGAACUAUGGAAUACACAACCACAAGUUGCAGUAAUACUUUAAAAGUGGACUAGACAAACUCAUGGAGGAAAAGGCUAUCCAUGGCCAUUAGUCAUGAUGGCUGUAUCCAACCUCCAGUAUCAGAGGUGGCAUUCCUCCAAAUACCAGCUGCUGAGGAACAUGAGUGGGGAUAGUUAUGUUGUGGUCAUGUAUAACAUAUAGGUUUUCCCUAGACAUCUGGUUGGCCACUGUGAGAACAGGAUGCUAGAUGAGAUGUGAGCUGGGUCUGAUCCAGUGGGGUUCAUAUGUUUAGCUGCAGCUUUUAUACCAUAAGAAAAAUCAGGAACCCCUGAUGCCACAAUGGUAAACCUUCUUCCUUCAAUGGUUGCAAAAGAGGGGAAUACCUGCUAAUAACUUAAAGAAGUUAGCUGAGCUGUGUUCUUUCAAAAUUAGUUGUUCUUGAUGAAAGAAGAUAGAGUAUUGACGUGACUCUUUUAAACAUUUCUUAAGGUGGUAUCAUGGAUUAUAACUAUUUGGAUAUUUGGAUCCUUGACAAUAUUCCUGUUGGCCAGGGUUCUCGGAGGCGAGGUAAGAACCUUGUGAUAGUGAACUUGGUCACUGAACGUCAAACAUGAAUUACCUCAAAAUUGGUUCUAACCAUUUGCGUUUUCAGUGUUACAUUGCUUAAUAAUUUCUGAUCUGAGACUCCUUUAAAAUAGUACUUGGUCACUAUUAUUUACAUUUUAACAUUAAUACAGCAACCUAGAAUGCAGAAUAGAGAAGGGAUUUGAUUCUUUCCACAGGGGGCUUAUAACUGACUUUUGGCUGAUAAGGUGGCAAAAGGGAUUGACUGAAGAUUUAUGAGGUGGAAUAACAGUGCAGAUAAUGUGAUAGGUCAGAAAAGGACUGGAUUAAGGAUGGAGAAAGUGUUGGGAAUAAAAGCAACACCUGGAGGAUCAGAGGUUCCCCAUCUCUAGACAAGCUGAAGAAGAGGGUUUGGGGGAGUUGCCAUAUAACAAAAUGUUGACCUCUUGGGCUCAGGUUGAGCAGUAAUCUGAAUCUCUUGUUGAAGCUGAUAUAUUACUGGAAGGAAGUUGGUAACUUUGUUUAUUUCAAAUUUGCAGGUUGCAUAUGGCCAAGUUCUCGGCGUGAUUGGAUAUUCUUUACUUCCUCUUAUUGUAAUAGCACCUGUACUUCUGGUGGUUGGAUCAUUUGAUGUUGUUUCUACUCUAAUAAAAGUAAGUUCACUAUUUUGUUUGGCAGAAUGGCACAGCUGACUGAAAAAUAUGCCAGUUCAUUUUUCUACAGUUUAUAAGCAAUAAAUAUUUUCUUUACUUGGAAGUGGAACCAUGACUACUCAGCUAGUCCAUAUCAGUAAAGCAUUGUUUGGAAUCCUUUAUGGCAGAUUAGCAACAGAUUAGGGUGCUUAAGUUUUAUAUAUAAGAUGCCCAUGAGUAUUGGAGUUCAGGUUUUGUUCUGUUCAUAUUUUGUUACCUUGUAAUAGUAUAUGCAAAACAGAUUCUGAAUUUUGUUGGUCUGUUACCCUAUAGCAUGCCCGUUCAACUCCUAAGAGAGGCAUUGCCAUUGAGGACUGACCAGAGAUGUUGAGCUUUUUGGGGGGAGAAUUGACCAGAAUUGUUGAGCUUCUUUAGGGGGGCAUUCACCACAGUUGAUAAGCUUUUUUUUAAGGGGGAAUGACAUAAAUCGCUCACCUCAAACUCCCCCGCUAACAAACACACACACUGCUAAAUCUUUGUAUUCCCCAUCGCCAACAUAAAACGCUAAACACCACCCAUUUGAUGCUACAGAGGGACAGAGUGAGGGGGGGCGGGGGCGAAGUCAUUCAUUCUGCAGCUUUUUUAAUCCCAUGAUCAAUAAGGAUCCCGCGAUUUACAGGGAACACCAGGGGAUCUACCUGUCAAUUGCGGUCGACCAGUUGAAUAUGUUUGCCCUAUAGCAAUUCAAAAACACUGUGAUUUGUCUUGCAUAUUUUGCAUAUUUUGCCAUUUAUGUGGCUUGUAAACUGCCUUCAGUACAGUAAUGUGGAAGGACAAUAUUCAAAAAUUUAAAUAUUAGAGGAACUUUAUUUACAAUAUUGCUGCCAUCCACAGGAUGGCACCAUUCCAGUGAGCAAUUAUUUCAUCUGAUGUAGAAGAUCACAUGACACUGCAACUUUCACAUUAGCUGUGUAAGCUCACAGAUUUUCUAAUGCUGCUUUCUUAAUUGAAUGGGACAGCUGGCUGAAGCACCCAUGUGAACUGAUCUGUCAUUUCAGUCACUAAAAGGCAACAAGAAAAACAACUUGGAAUGCCUUUGUGAAUAGUUUCUUGGCUCCACUGAUUUUCAAUAGGCCUUGAUUUUUAAGUCCUGUGCUUGGUCACAACUGGUUCUGCUUGUUCUAGAUAUAAAUAUUGGGAGAGUUUGAGGGGGUUUCAUGCUAUGAUAACAUUUCAUUUUCUUGUUUUUCUCAGCUUUUUGGAGUAUUUUGGGCUGCAUACAGUGCUGCUUCGUUAUUAGUUGGAGAAGAAUUUAAGACCAAGAAGCCCCUCCUAAUCUACCCCAUCUUCUUAUUGUACAUCUAUUUUUUGUCCUUAUAUACUGGGGUGUGACUGCAGUGUUGGCUUUGGACAGGAACAAUGUCUUAGCUUGCCAUGAGGACUGAUGAAAUGUUGCCUGAUUGAAAAUACAAAUGACUGUGUCAUAUCUGGCUGUCAAGGUUUUAGUGGUAAUCCAACUAUAUCUGUGUAUAUUAUUUAAGCAGUUUUAGUUACAUUAGAGAUUUAUAACAGAGUUUUAGGUUGAAGACUUAUUAGAUUUUUAUUGAACAAAGUAAGGACAUUGUGUUUAUAGCCUGAAAUUUCAGAAUAACAGUUUGUUACUUGUGCCAAAUGCACAAGGACCAUAUGAUUAGUACAUUAAAUUGAAGUGGAAUUCUGAUUACUGUUAAUAGUUCAUUUCUUACUUUCAACACAACAUAUUCUGUAGAUAUAUUUAUGAAUCAGUCCUGAUUGUUCAGACUAGCCUGUAACCAAGACAUGACCCUUAAUGUGGUGCCUUGCACACUCUUGAUUUGGCCAUUACAAAUUCUGACUCUUAAAAGUGUUUUAUGUGCAUCCGUAUGUAGGUUUAGGUUAUUUCCUUGUUGAAGGAAGGUUAUAGAUGCAUAACAAUUUGAGCAUCCAAAUGUUUGAAUUAGUCACUGUUUCUUGAUAAAAUUGUAUGUAUGCCAUAGAACAUUUUUACAGUGUUGAUUUGGAAAUCUUUAUCAUAGUGGUGAUAAAUGGGGAGAAAGGUUUAAAUAAAUCUUAUGGUUCUGAACCAAAUCUUAUAAUGGAAUAAACAGUGCUUCUCCAAAACUGUACUUGUUUUUAUAACACCUUGUUUUGCUGGUUUGACCUAUUACUGUUCAGAGUGGGGUAAUGUACUACUUUUUAUGGUAAAAUGGCACUCCUUAAUAUGAGAUGAUACCUGAUGAAGAAUGGCAGCAGUUAGACUUUGAUUAGUAACAGAAUUAAACUUGUGUUUUGAUGACCAGGAUAAUUUUUGACUUGGCUUAAGAAUAUUAUGGAAAUGGCUGUUUAAUAUUGGCCCAAGAUUAACUUUUCCCCACCAAGAAAACUUGAAAUUAUAGUCUUAACUACAAGGACUUUCUUAAUAUGAUUUAGCAUUUCCAAAGUACACCCUUGGUCCAUGCCACCUAUGGAGCUCUGUGCCCAUAAGCAGACUAAUUAUGUGUAUCACCUGCUGGAUUGGGAACCCCAGGCACUAUUCAGAUGCACAUCUGAAUAGGGAUGCUUUUAGCACAUGUAUGCCUUUGAAUCAGAUUCAGCUUUGGAUGCAUAUCCCCACCCACAUUCUUAGGUAAGCCGUCAUGUGCUAGUAGCUGAUGUCGGUUGUUACUCAUACUUGGAGUAGCCCGAUUGAAAUCAAUGGAUAUUGAAUCCAUUGGUUUCAAUAGAUCUGCUCUGAGUUACUUGGUUGGACGUUGCCCAGUGUCUUCUCCCCCUUUUUAAAAGAAAUGAGCUGGAUCAGAGCCCUUGACAAUUAAAAAAUGAACCUUGCAAAACUGCUAGUAUAUUACCAAAUUGUUUCCUUGGUUACAAAAAUAACAAAAAAGGAGACUAAUUUAGCAGCCGAUCAGCCUAAAAUGUCUUUAAACUGGGUUCAGUUUAAGUAACUCUUGAAGUAUUCUGUUUAAAUCGAAUUUAAACAAAUUAAACAACUGAGCAAGUUUCUAGUCUGAAUCUUGCACUAAACCAUGGCUUAUUGAACCAUGACAGUGUGUUAUGUGUGAAUUGUGUCUAGCAGCUUAACAAUGGCUUUUAGUGGCUUUUUGUUGGCUUACAAACCUUGCUUUCUUUUAAACAUGGAUUGGCAUAGUUAACUUUGGUUUGUUUGCCCACUUCACCCCAGAUGCUCACCAAACUGCAAAGGCACAAGGCCAAGAACAGCUGGAAAAUAAAUCACUUGGAGAAACAAUCCAUAGUUUGAUCACCUUUAGGAAAAAUUGUGGUUAACCUCUUUGUUAGGCAAACCAUAUGAAGCAAGCCACUAUGUAUGAAUCACUUUGCCUGUAGGCUGUGUUCAUUAUUCAGCUAGGCCCAAAUUAUUACUGAAAAAAUAACUCCUGGGUUAAUUCCUAGUUUGUAUGUACUGUGUUAAUUAUGUCAAGAAUGUAUUCUAUAAUGAGUACUUUAUUGAGAUGUUGCUAAAGGUUUAGCCCUUAAUCUAAAAUAUUACCUAAUUUCAGUAGAUUGUAACUUUAGUAGAGUCACUUCCUAUAUUAGAAUUUUCUAUGUUCCAAUUUUCUCAAGUUGCUUUUGCAACUCACCCCAUCAGCAGAACCAAGAACAUGGGAAGGCUUUUAUGAAAGCUUCAUAGGUGCCUUCCAUGAAGAUGUUUAUGUAAGAAUCUAAGAAUAACUUGACGUACCUAAUUAAUAGAAUGACCCAUGUAUAAGUGAUACAUCUAAUUAUAAAUUUUCUGAAAGUAUAUGCUAAUAGUUCCAAUUAGCAUAUGCUCACCUCAGUAAUCCUGUGGUGACAGUUCUUUUUAGAACCAUGUAUGAUUAAAUGGCCUAGCGACAAUCAAUUGAUGUUUUUUAUGAGAACCGUAUAUACAAAUGGAAGUACAAAAAAUAUUGCUGCUGUUUAAAAUGUCAAUACUAACAUUGCAAGUUUUAAUGACAAUUUUAAUUACUAAUAUUGGAGCCCAAGGACAAGGACUGAAGUUCAUUUUUCUAGUUUACAGUACAUGGAAUAUACAGUACAGGGAAUAUGCAGUUCAGAACAACAGUAUGACACUCUUGACUAAUGGGGAAAGAUAAAAUGCAAUAGCCCAGUCUUUUUGAACUCACGUAAGAACAGUAACAUAGACUUGGUAUAAUAUCUAGCUCCUAAAAGCUGUUGCUGCUGCGUUCUUAAACUUGUACCCUAGAAGACGUAGUGUGAUAUCCAACUAAGUUAGUAAUAUCCAUCAAUUUCAAUGGGUCUGUUCUAGGUAUGGCUAACAUUGAAUACUGCGCUCAGUUUGGAUUAAAGUGUAUAUUUGUAGUGUGUAUUUGGAUUUAACAUCAGUUUGUAUACACAUGAGCAGAAUCGCAUAAUGUUUCAAAAGAUAUUUCACCUCUGCAUAUGCUAUGCAAAGAAAUGGUUGGGUUAUUUAAUGGUUCUAACAGUUUAUAACAAAUGAACCUUUUUCGUUACAUUUGAUUACUAUUUUUAGGCUAGGCAUAUAUGUAAAUACAGUAAAUGUAUUUUAUAAAAUUUGGAAUUAAACUUGUUUGCAC